CAUCACCCUGUGCAGGUGGAUUUGGAAGAGGCAGAGGCAACUCUUGAGCAUGAAGAGGCCAAAAUUCUCUGUGUUCAGCUUGAACUGACCCAAGUGAAAUCAGAAAUUGAUAGAAAGAUCAUUGAGAAAGAUGAAGAAAUCGAUCAGUUAAAGAGGAACCAUCAAAGAACUGUGGCCAUGCAGAGUGCUCUAGAUGCAGAAAUACAGAGCAGAAAUGAAGCCCUGAGGCUAAAGAAGAAGGUGGAGGGGGAUCUGAAUGAAAUGGAGAUCCAGCUGAGCCAUGCCAGCCGCCUGGCUGCAGAGGCACAGAAACACUUGUGGAAUGUCCAAGGAGUGCUCAAGGACAUGCAACAGCACUUGGAUGAUGCUCUCUGAGGCCAAGACGACCUGAAGGAGCAGGUGGCCAUGGCUGAGCGCAGAGCUAACCGGAUUCAGGGUGAAACUGAGGAGCUAAGAACAGCUCUGGAACAGUCAGAGAGGAGCAGGAAAGUGGCUGAACAGGAGCUCAUGGACACCACUGAGCAUGUGCAGCUCCUGCAUACUCAGAACACCAUCCUUAUGAAUACAAAGAAGAAGCUGGAAACCGAUAUUGCCCAAAUCCAAAGUGAGGUGGAGGAGGGCAUUCAAGAGGCAAGAAAUGCUGAAGAGAAGGCAAAGAAGGCAAUCACAGAUCUAAAUGCAGCCAUGAUGGCGGAGGAGCUGAAGAAGGAAUAG